GCCCAACAUGACGACGUCCGAAAUUACGGCAAGUGCCGAGAAUGAGCCCUUGGAUGCCACUGCCUCGCAGCUCGCUUAUUUGGUAGAGUCGUUUCUUGAUCUAGGCGUGCUUGUACAUGAUAAUCAGGGCACGCCGCAGUCACAUGCUGCGUUAACUCGCAAAACCAACCAGGUGGUCAGCCAGCUAUCGGGGCUUACAAAUAGUCCGUUUACCCAGCAGUAUCCGAUUCCCGUAGACGUUCUUACGUAUAUUGAGGACGGGCGGAAUCCUGAUAUUUACUCACGUGAGUUUGUCGAAGUCACGGCAAAAUCCAAUGCCCGCUUAAAAGGCAAAAUGUUGGCUUUUCGCAAGCUACUGGAGGUAUUGGGCGACAAGUUGGUCGAAGAAUUUCCUCAUCUCAAAGCGGGCGUAGACAACAUUCAACUGAGAACGAUUCAUCAGGAGCCUCUGCUGUAGGGGGCACAUGAUGCCCUCAUGGCGCAACUGGCCUUGUAUUUCGAGAGCCCCGUCUAGCAGGUGACUGUGGAUUCCUGUAAGAAUUCCACAUCUAGGCAGAAAUAUUAUGAAUAUUGUCAGAGGGCGAUCUUGCAGAUUUUUAUGGGCUGGAAUCAGUUUCCUAUGUACUUAGUGGAUUUAUGAGUCUAGAGAUCCAAUGGCGGUGUUGCUAAGGACAUCGCUAGAUAGAGAGCCUUUAGAAUAUUGUUUACACUCGUGUUACCCUCUGAGUGAACCUGCUGCAAACAAUCUCCACCGUGUCAUGGAUGAAAGUUGUGCUCAAGGAUACUCGGAGGUUCUUUUGGCAGUGUUCACAGCAUAUGCACACUGUGCAACGUGGGAAAAGUAUAUAUAUAUAUAUGAAAGACUUCAUCAAAUUGGUGCAGUCUGUUAAUAUCAAAAAAUCAAUCCAAGGAUUGCUCACAUGACCAAAUAGCAAAGCAUCAAGCCAUCGCAAAAAU